AUGGAGGUGAGCAACGAUGCCGUACUUCAAGACACGACAAACGAGAUUAUCAAUUCUGGAGACAUUACAAACAAGAUAUACGUCGAUUGUUCCACCGUUCACCCCGAUACUUCGGCUGCGGUAUCGAAGCAAAUCACUGAGGCUGGUGGCCAGUUUGUUGCCGCUCCCGUGUUCGGCGCCGCAGCGAUGGCCGCGGCUGGCAAGUUGAUCUUCGUUACAGCCGGCCCCGAGUCCGCUACAUCAACGAUUUCCUUAUAUCUCAACGGCGUCAUGGGCCGCUCUGUCAUUCCAAUGGGAACAGACGUCACUAAAUCGAGCCUGCUCAAAAUUGCCGGUAAUAUUGUCGUGGUCUCCUUCAUGGAGGUGCUUUCGGAAGCCCAUGUAUUCGCCGAGAAGACUGGACUCGGAUCACCAGUCUUAGAGAACAUGAUCUCAGACAUGUUUGGCCCAGUGCUGGAAAGCUACAGCAAGCGCAUAACGAGCGGCUCAUAUGCCCCCUCGCCUGAUGGCAAGGCCGGCUUUGAUGUUGCGUUGGCUAUGAAGGACUUGAGGCAUGCAUUGACAUGUGCUAAGGAUGCGGGAACAAGACUGGAGACUAGUGAAGCUGCUUUGAGACAUAUGGAGAAGGCGAGAGAAUUCGAACCCGAGCGGCCAUUAGAUAGCAGCUCUAUGUAUGGGGCGGUGCGCCUUGAGGCUGGGUUAGACUUUUAUUCGGACGUUUGCAAGGAGCGAGAUGCAAAGAAAUGA